AUGAUAUUAUUAAAUAAUAGAUAUAAUAAUUAUUUAUAUAUUAAUAAAUAUAAAAAAAUAAUAAAAUAUAAUAAAAAAAUGAUAAAAAUAAGUUAUAUUUUAUAUAAAAAAUAUAUAUUAAUUUUAAAAAAAUUAAUAUAUUUUAAUAUUAUUUAA